AUGGGGCCACGGCUUCGGGGAAACCAUCCUUCGGCUGGCCCGGCAUUUCUGCUGGAAGUUGCAGUUGCAGCAUUGGCUGCAGCGGCGUCCGAUGUUCCAGAGAAGUUCAAUGUCGGACCCGAGCACUUUAUGCAGGCGAACCUUCACAAGGAGCAGGCUCUUUUCUUGAAGCCGGCUGAUGCACAUGAAGCGACCUGCCAAAGUCGCAGUUUCGUGCAGAGGCGCUCAGAGGUAAGCCAAGUGAGCGCUUCAGGAGCGGACUUCAGCUCUCAAAGCGCCGUCGACGUUGUAAUUGUUGGUGCCGGCUACUCUGGCCUCUCUGUCGCCCAUAAGUUGCGCCAGUCGAACAUAUCCUUCAGGGUCAUUGAAGCACGACAUCGCCUAGGUGGGCGAAUCUUGGACGAAGACAUCAGCAAGCGCGGGGAUGCGGAUGACACCAUUGAGAUUGGUGGUCAAUGGCUGCAUGACACUCACUCCAACGCGAUCGCCUUUAUGAAUGCAAUGGGUUUCGAUGUAUACGAACCUGGCCAGCAAGAAGGCCUGCAGAAGUUUCCCUGCAGCGGGUGCCAUGGACGAGUGGCGACGAGCAGCGGUUGGCUCAAUGCUUCUGCGUCUGGGAAGGCGACCUGGCCGCUUUCUAUUGAAGAGAUGAGGCUCUUUCACGCGACUUUGGACACAAUCUGGAAGGAAAUCUCAGAAACGCCAUGCAAGGAUCCGUUGUCAAAUCCCAAUGCGCCGAUCUUCGAUUCUCUUUCUUAUGAUGCUUAUCUUCGUCAGCAUCACCAGCUGGAAAGCUUUCCUGAGUUUGAGCGGGUUUAUGGCACUUUGCUGGACCUGUGCCUGGAAGCAGAGGGGGCGGAGCGUGUCUCCGCUCUACAUUGUCUUUGGAAAGCCAACUGCACGCACAGUGGGCAGCACGCUGGUGGCAAGUUUUUCAGAGUCAGAGGGGGGCCCCAGGCUUCCCUGAAGCACCUGGCGUCUGAGCUGCAGUCCAUGGGUUCCAUCUGGCUCAGCUCUGAGGUGUUGGCCAUCAAGGACAGUGAUGAAAGUGACAGUGAGGAAAGCGAUGAAAAACUGAAGGUUGUUGUGACCAAUACGACGACCGUCCUUGCACGGCAUGUUGUUCUGGCAGGGCUUCCCCCUGCCCAGCUUUUGAAAAUCAAGUUUGUACCGCAGCUCCCAGAAGAAGUCUCAAAGCUUCUAUCACUCUUGUCACUUGGUUCCGUUCGCAAGUAUUCUCUAGUGUACAAGGCUCCUUGGUGGCGAGCGAGGGGCUACAGCGGCUCAAUCAGAUAUGUGAACUACUCUCUGCCGUCUCUUGAUCCUCAACGAUGUUUUGACAACUCUCCAUAUUCAGCCUCACGCGGAGUUCUGACUUGUAUGACGACGGGUGAUGUGAAUCGAGGCCUGCAGCGACUGUCAGAGGAGGCGCGCCGGGCAGCUUUGCAAAGCGUGGUGCAUGGAGCCUUUGGCGCAGCAGAGGCAGAUGAGUCGCCACAAGUUGUGGAUAAGGAUUGGAGCAGGGACGCGUAUUCGGGUGGUGCCAACGUCUUCUACCCGACAGGUACAUUCUCAAGUUCUUGGCCAGGCACAUUGCAGGUGUUUUUUCAUCACCAGCUCAGCAGCUCCAUUUGGAUUGCUGGCGCAGACUAUUCCCACAUCAGCCACGGCUACAUGAAUGGAGCGAUAGGGUCUGGCCAGGCAGUUGCAGAGCGUCUUGUACAAACGCUUCACGCUUAG